GGUCCCCCGUCACCCUGUGCCCUCCCGUCCCCUGCAGCCCCCAUCGCCCCCUCGGACACGCUCUUCGAGCUGGGCUUCGAGAAGGCCGCCAGGAAGCAGAACAAGGAGCAGGUGCCGCCGGCGGCGGGCACGGAGCAGCCGGCGCGGCGGCCGCCCGCGGGCCGGGGCGCCAGGAAGGCGGCGGGCGCCGGGGCGCCGCGGCCGGGCGGCUUCCGCACGCUGGAGGAGGCGCUGGCGGCGCUCGACGUGGCCGAGCUGCAGAGGGAGCUGGACAAAAGUCAGCACAUGUUCCCCGAGAACCCCUCCGUGUGGCUAAAGGACCUGGCCGGCUACCUCAACUACAAGCUGCAGGCGCCGAAGAGCGACCCGGCRCUCAGCCAGCACCCGCACGAUUAUCCCUACUGCCUGGUGAGCAGGGAGCUGCGGGGCGUCGUGAGGGCGCUGCUGGGCCGGGCCUCGGCCGCGCUGGACCUCUUCUUCGACCACUGCAUCUACAGCAUGCUGCAGGAGCUGGACAGGAGCCCGGGGGAGGCUCUGCACGGCUACAGGAUCUGCAUCCAGGCGGUGCUGCUGGAGCGGCCCGGCAUCGCCACCGCCAACCUGGGCAAGUACCUGGAGCUGCUGCGCUCCCACCAGAACCGGCCGGCCAAGUGCCUCAGCAUCCUGUGGGCGCUGGGACAAACCGGCUUCACCGACCUCGCCGAGGGCCUCAAAGUGUGGCUCGCGGUGAUGCUGCCCGUGCUCGGCAUCAAGGCGCUCUCCCCGUUCGCCGUGGCCUACCUGGAGCGGCUGCUGCUGAUGCACCCGAACCUCACCAAAGGCUUCGGCAUGAUCGGGCCCAAGGACUUCUUCCCCCUCCUCGACUUUGCCUUCAUGCCCAACAACUCGCUGCCGCCCAGCCUGCAGGAGCAGCUGCGGCAGCUCUACCCGCGGCUCAAGGUGCUGGCGUUCGGCGCCAAGCCGGAGGCGACGCUGCACACCUACUUCCCCUCCUUCCUGUCCCGAGCCACGCCGAGCUGCCCGCCCGACAUGAAGAGAGAGAACCUGCUGCGCAGGAUGAGGGGCCGCGGCUUCCCCUGGCCGCGCCUGCUGCUCGUCGCGCUCGUCUUCGCGGCUGGCUUCCUCGUGCACGACGUGCGGACGCAGGGCUCCUUCCAGGCCUCCUCCUCCGCUCGCCUCCUCCGUUCCUCGGGCAUCCUGGCCGUGUCGCAGCAGGCCUGGCACAAGGUCUCGCACUGCGCCCUCCAAGGAUACAGGUGGCUGCAGGGCAACGCGCCUCUUUACUACUCGGAAGCGGUGGCUGCGCUGGAGCCCGGCGCGAAGCUGCUCUGGGCGCAGGCCAGCGAGGCCGCGCUCGCCGUCACCGAGAAGUGUUCCUCUUGGCUCUCCUGGAGCAAGGACAACCUUCCCGGGCUCAUCGAAUGGCUGCAGUGCCGGCUGCCGGAGGCGGCGCUGCGCUUCGCCGAGGGCGUCGCGGAGCUGCUGCUCUUCCUGGUGCGGGGCUGCCUGCUGCCGCUGCUGCAGUGCGUGGCGGCGGCGCUGGAGCGCGCCUGGCAGCGCUGCGUGGCCUCGUGCAGCGGCGCCCUGUCCUGGGCCGGCGUCACGGAGCAGCUGGCCAGCGUCACCUACGGCUCCUGGAGCUACCUGCACAACACCACGCUGGCCCUCAGGGACUGGGCGCUGGCCGUGAUUUCUGGACGCUAGUUGCGCUGUCCGGAGCAGCGGGCUCGGGGCCGAGGCGCGGCCUGGCGUUCCCGGCACGGACGAGUCUCGGCUCUGCSUUCCCCGUGAGGGAGGCGGA